GCGUCACUUCCGGGGCGGGGCCGGAAGAGCCGCCCGGCGCCAUGACCGCGCGCGGGACUGCGAGCCGCUACCUGAGCAGCGUCCUGCGCAACGGGCUGGGCCGCUACGUGUGUCAGCUGCAGCGCCUCAGCCUGGCCUUCAGCCCCGGCGGGCAGACCUCGCGCGGGGCCAGAGGCUACAUAGAAGAGAAGGUGUUGGACUUUGCCAAGCAGAACCCUGGUGUGGUGGUAUACGUGACCCCACAGAAAUGCAGAAGUCCCACAGUGGUUGCAGAAUAUUGUGGAAGAGACAAAGACAAGCUUUCAACCUACACAGAGAUCAGCCCUGAAGAACAGCUCUGUGUAGCUCAAAAGUUUGUCUCUUCCACCAACAAAAGUUGGUCCAAUAAAAGUUAUUACCUCACCCACCUUGUCUGUCUCAUUUCCUGGCAGGUACGUGGUUAUAGCAACACUGCUAAUUUGAAAUCUAGGCAGUUUCAAAGGGCUUUUAACAUCUCUCCAGGGAAGUACAACCUUAGCAUCGCAGUAUGGCUUCUGAAGGGUAGGUGGUGCUGUUUCCCUGAAUAGAUUUCUCACAUGCACAAAUAAGACAAAAAGCAGCGUAAAGAACUGUAUCUGGAGAAGAAAAUGCAAAGCACUCAGCAUUUUGCUGUGGACAGAAAGGCUAGAGAGGCAUUGACUUGAUCACAUGUGGAAAAGCAUUGAUCUGAGACGUGUCCUCUUAGAAUCAGCUCUUGCUGGCAGUAGGUUAUUGUUUGGCAAUUCAGAGCUUGGAGUAGCUGUACAGAAAGUCACUUCUGCCUCUGAGUUUUGCUCACUGGAAAUGGUGAGAUCAUUGCACAGUGCCCCCAAGCAGCUAGGUUGCUGGCAGAAGACAGGACCCUGUCCCAAAGCGCUUACAGGCUAAAUGAUGGACUAGACAGACAAGGGAGGAUAUAACACAUGAUAAGAAAGGACCCAGACUGCUGAAAGAGGAUCACUCAGUUUAGUUGCUUAGAUGAUCUGGCGAGGAGAGCCCUGUUAGCACUUGAUCCGAUGGCACAGUCGGUCACGUCUGGGUGGUAGGGGGGAGAGGUAAGUAUUUCCUUGUAGGUGAUGCAGCAGAAGCAAGUUUUGAGGAGUGAUGUGGAUCAGGGGAGGGCAGCCAUUUGCCCAGGAGGUUUCUGAAGGAAAGGGUAUCCCAAGCUGUGGGGACAGAGGCACAUGGUAGAGCAGCUGCAGAGGCUGGGGUCACUGGGAGAGCAGAAAGUGGGGAGGGGACGCCAGCAGAGGUGUAGCAAGGCCCUGAAGGCAAAGGAGGAGCCAGAGAAGUGGCUCACAACAGGCGAGGGUGCAGGAGUAAGUGAUAUU